AUUAGGGGGCGGGAUCAUCAUGCCGAGGGGCGGGGCGUGCGGUGGAGCCAAAGUAAGGUGGGAGUGCGAAGAUGGCAGCAGUCGAAGAAGAACCGAAGCCCAAAAAGCUGAGGUGGAGGUGCCGCAAGCGCUGAGUGAAAAUAUCCUCUUUGGAAUGGGAAAUCCUCUUCUUGACAUCUCUGCUGUAGUGGACAAAGAUUUCCUUGAUAAGUAUUCUCUGAAACCAAAUGACCAAAUCUUGGCUGAAGACAAGCACAGGGAACUGUUUGAUGAACUCGUUAAAAAAUUCAAAGUUGAAUAUCAUGCUGGCGGCUCUACCCAGAAUUCAAUUAAAGUGGCUCAGUGGAUGAUUCAACAGCCGCACAAAGCAGCAACAUUUUUUGGAUGCAUUGGGAUAGAUAAAUUUGGGGAGAUCCUGAAGGGUAAAGCUGCUGAAGCCCAUGUGGAUGCUCAUUACUAUGAGCAGAAUGAGCAACCAACAGGAACUUGUGCUGCAUGCAUCACUGGUGACAACAG